AUGAAGUUGACCUUCAAGGAUCUCAAGCAACAGAAGUUCAUUAUUGAAGCUGAGCCAUCGGAGCUGAUCUCCAGCGUCAAGGAAAAGAUCUCCCAGGAAAAGGGAUGGGAUGCUCCUCAGCAGAAACUGAUUUACUCUGGCAAGAUCCUACAAGAUGACAAGACUGUGGAGGACUACAAGAUCGAAGAGAAAGGGUUCAUCGUCUGUAUGAUCUCUAAGCCUAAGGCUGCUCCAUCUGCGUCAACCCCCUCCAAGGCACCCUCCACCCCAGCACCCCCGAUUGCAUCAACACCUGCACCCCCAGCUGCUCCAGCUCCCGCCGCAAGUUUAUCUACGAAUGCUGUGCCCGCUACUCCUUCUCCCGCUGGCCCUACCCCGCCUGCUGAUGCUAUUGCGACUCCAGCCACUGGAGGUGGUCUAGCCAUGGGUGCUGAACGAGCUGCACAAAUUGCUGAGAUGGAGAGUAUGGGCUUCGAGAGAUCGCAAAUCGAUUUGGCUAUGCGAGCUGCCUUCUACAACUCCGAGCGUGCUAUUGAAUAUCUCUUGACUGGUAUCCCCGAGAACCUCCAACAAGAACAACGAGCUGCUGCCCCGGCUGAAACAGCCUCUUCUCCUAUCCCAGCUGCUGCGAAUCCUGGAGCUGAAGGUGGCGAUGAGCCAAUAAACUUGUUCGAGGCCGCUGCUCAGGCGGGUGCGGGAGGACGUGGUGGUGCUGGUGCGGCUCGUGGUGGAGCGUCAGCAGCAGGAGCCGCUAGUCUUCUUGCCGGUGCUGGAGCUGGCGCUGGAGCAGCUGGAGGAUUAGGGAAUCUCGACUUCCUCCGAAACAACCCACAAUUUCAGCAACUCAGACAAGUUGUCCAGCAACAGCCACAAAUGCUCGAGCCCAUCUUACAACAAGUCGGUGCUGGUAACCCGCAACUCGCCGCAUUAAUCGGUCAACAUCCCGAACAAUUCUUGCAACUCUUGAGCGAAGAUGGCGAGAAUGAUGCUCCACUUCCACCAGGAGCCCAAGCCGUCCAGGUGACUGAGGAGGAGCGUGAGGCUAUUGAGCGCUUAUGUCGUCUGGGUUUUCCUCGCGACUUAGCCAUUCAAGCAUACUUUGCCUGCGAUAAGAACGAAGAGCUUGCUGCCAACUUCCUCUUCGACCAACCAGAAGAUGACGAAUGA